UUUCUCCCUCAUUCUUUUUAGUGACGCUCAAAACCAUCGACACUACUGAAGACUUUAAAGUGCAAUCAGUGACACCGCAAAAUGAUUAUCCCAACUGAAGUAGUGGGCUCACUGCCUCGUCCCGCCUAUUUACAAAAGGCUUUUGCUGACUAUGAUGCUGGACUAAUCACUCGCAAUGAUCUUGUGGCCGCUCAGGAUAAGGCUGCGAAAGAUUCCGUUGAGAGGAUGGAGGCCGCAGGAGAAACCUAUGUAACUGACGGAGAGCAGCGCGCUAGCUCUUUCGCGACAUAUCCUGUUGUUGAAACUCUCAAGGGUGCUGGACUACCUGAUAAUUUUGCAGGGGACGGCCAGUUAUUUGCUUAUUUUGCUGAUGGCCAUCACCGCCAGCUUCCACGCCUGGUCAAAGGGCCUUUCAAAUAUGCGACAUAUGCGUCUCAAAAUCUCCAAAAGUCUAUACCCUACGCCUCAAAUCCUAUGAAGCAAGCUGUCAUUUCACCGAGUAUGAUGUACCUUUUAUACCCCCUCCAGGGAGAAUUAGAAGGUUACCCUCGAGCAGAUUUUAUUAAAGAUUUAAUUGAUGAAUGCGAAAAAGACAUUCGGGCAUGUUUCGAAACAGGCGCGAAGAGAGUCUCGAUUGACUUCACAGAAGGUCGUCUCGCUCUAAGAAACGAUCCUAGGAAUCCUUGGACAAACGCCGAGCUUCUUGAAAGAUUUAUCUUAUUGAUCAACCAGGUUCUUAGUCGCUUCACUCCCGAAGAACGAAUUAACAUUGGCCUGCACACCUGUCCUGGCGGCGAUUGUGAUUCUGUGCAUUCACUAGAUGUCGAUUAUCACAAGCUACUUCCAUCUCUAUUCCAAAUUAAUGCGGGAUAUUUCUUAAUCCAGCUCUCUUCUGAGAAGGAUCGUGAAGAAAUAUAUAAAAAGAUUGGGCAGCAUAUCCGCAAAGAUGCCAAUGGCGUCAAACAGGUUGCUUUUAUUGGAGUUAUUAAUACUCUCAAUCCAAGAGUUGAGACCCCAGAAGAAAUUGCCGACCAUUUGAUACUUGCCAGCAAAUACAUACCGCCGGACCAGCUCGGGGCAACAGAUGAUUGCGGAUUCUCUCCAUUCUCCAUUGACGUCAAGCCAAGUCAUGGAAGUCCGGAUUUUGCCAGGGAUAUCGCAUUUCAAAAGAUCUCAAACCGCGUCCAAGGGGCUAAAUUAGCUAGUGCAGCUCUUUCUGCCUAAAUAUCAACGUUAGGGAAUUGAGUUGGCAGAAUAAUAGUUUAUAAUUUUAGAACUAAUGCCAAGGGCCGAAAAUGAAACGACUAAAAUAAUACGUG